AUGAAUCCUGUGGAAAGAAAAAGGAACAUUGAAGGUGUUUUGGCUGAACUUGAUUUAUCAUUUGGUGUUUCUUCAACAUUCCUCACCUUGCCUUUAUACGAAUAUUAUAUAAUGGCACAAAAUAAGCUUGAACGUGUUAAAGCACAGAUAUCCCGUAAAUCUAAAAAGUCACAAAAAGAUGCUGAUGCUGAAAAGGAACUCAUCACUAAUGAACUCGGUCUCACUAUUCACCAAACAAUUUCUGAAAAGGGAAAGAAGGAUGAGGUCGAUGCUGUAGCUGAAAAGGAGGAAUAUCCAACCAUUAUCUUUUUAUCAGAUUCUUCUGAUCAGGAUAGUGGAGAAGGAACUGCUGUCAAGUCCAAGGUCAAUUUGAAGAGAAAGUCUAGUGCAACUAAUGAACCAGAGGGCCAAAAAGUGAUUAAAACAGUCAAAGCAAGUCCAUUAAACUUGGCUCCUAGGGGACAAAUUAUGGCAUUGCAAAGGAGGUCCGGGACAGGCCGGUCGAUGUCGAACAUGAAUAAUGGUGCAUCUUAUUUUCCUUUCGUGGGUACUUCGAUGGCUAAUUUGCUUCAAAAAGGUAGACCUCCCUAUCAGUUUUAUGGACCACACAAUCUAGCUUUAAUGCCAUCGAAAACUCAUUUCACAGGUCCAAAUCCACCUUUUAUCACUUCUAGAUUUGCCGGACCAAGUCUAUUGAAUCCCAAUAUAGCAGGUCCAAAUCCACCUUUUGUGGCUGCUGCUUCAUUCCCCGGACCAACUUUAUUUAAAACUAAUCCGGCAGGUCCAAAUCCACCUUUUGUGGCUGCUUCAUUCCCCGGACCAAGCUUAUUUAAAACUAAUCCGGCAGGUCCAAAUCCACCUUUCGUGCCUUCUUCCUUUCCCGGACCAUGUUUGUUGAAAACUCAGUUGGCAAGUCCAAAUCCACCUUUCGUGCCUUCUAAUUUCGCUGGACCAAGUUUAUCGAAAACGUCCCAGUUUGCAGGUCCAAAUCCACCUUUCGUUCUUUCUUCAUUCGCCGGACCAAUUCUGUUGAAAACUCAUCCGGUAGAUCCGAAUCCGUUGAAGCUUUCAUUGAACUACGAUGCAUUGCCCUCGAGAAUGGUUAUUAACCCCUCAAGAAUGGUUAAUAACCCCCCAAUCCCUCCAAAAAUGGUUGUUAACCCCUCAAUCCCUCCAAAAAUGGACGUUGUUAACCCCUCAAUCCCUCCAAAAAUGGUUGUCAACCCCUCCUCAAGCCCUUCAAAAAUGGUUGUCAACCCCUCCUCAAGCCCUUCAAAAAUGGUUGUUAACCCCUCCUCAAGCCCCUCAGAAAUGGUUGUUAACCUCUCCUUAAGCCCCUCAGAAAUGGUUGUUAACCUCUCCUCAAGCCCCUCAGAAAUGGUUGUUAACCCCUCCUCAAUCCCCUCAGAAAUGGUUGUUAACCCCUCAGAAAUGGUUGUUAACCCCUCAGAAAUGGUUGUUAACCUCUCCUUAAGCCCCUCAGAAAUGGUUGUUAACCCCUCAGAAAUGGUUGUUAACCCCUCAAGCCCCCCAGGAAUGGUUAGUAACCCCUCAAGCCCCCCAGGAGUGGUUAGUAACCCCUCAAGCCCCUCAGGAAUGGGUAAUAGUAAGACAGAAAUGGUGAAACAGGAAAAAGCUGCAGAUUUGAAUGUUGAUGGGGGCACAGAUAAAUGA